GGCCGGGAUGUCAAAUCGGUGGUGUAUACACGGCUCACGCGGGCGGCGUGGACGCAAGACUGUGAGCAGUGGAGGAUGAGGUCGAGCGGUGUGGAUGGGGCGUAGCGGCGCACACUCGGGCGAUGGUUUGGGGAGGCAGCGUUGUGACCAUCGGUCACAAGGUUUCCCCCGAGCACGUGUCGGCGGCGGAUGGGAUGGACGGCGAUGAGGUGGGCCAGGAUGUCGACAUCCUCUACAGAAGGAGGCUUGCAAGUUUUCAUGGGGGAGGGCUCCGGUGGACUGGGAGCAUGGUGCAGGAGGGAAACGAGCGACCUUGCUGCUUGGUGAGAGGAUGGGGUGGCGACGAGGUUGACGCGGUGCGCGGCGUGCCUGCGUUGCAGGACAGGUUGGGGCGGCGCAUCAACCUGCCUGGCUCGGCAUGCCACUAGCCUGGCUUGACAUUUUGUCGAGCAGGUGGUGUGCAUGUGCAGCCGGCUGGGCAAAAGGAAGUGAAUUAGACUUUUAGGCUGCAGAAGGGAUGGGCCUGCGGGGGAGGAAGAAUAGACUUGGGCUGGCAGAGAGGAUGGUGGCCCAACUGUAAUAGCAAUGUUUUGUAGAACUGUAAAUGGAAUUUGUAGAUUCCAGAUGUAAUUGGAAAUUGUAUCUGACACUUGUAAAUGGACUACAAAUAUGUAAUGGGAGUGCAUAAUUGGACA